AUGGAUGUUGACGACUAUUCAGACACCGACGAAAGUGACGAAGCAAUCGAUGAUUUUGAUCAUUUGGCGGAACUUGUAGCUUUCCCUAGGCGUGCUAAAAUUAUUCGCAAACGACCUGACCAUUUUAAAGUAUGGAGAGAUGAUGAAUUUUUGAAUAGGUUUCGUUUGAACAAAGAUACCGUCAAGUUUCUCCUACGUAUAAUAAAGCCAAAAAUCGUAUCACAAACCAGUAGAAAUAAUGCAGUAACACAUAGUCAAAAACUGUUGAUGACGUUGAGGUAUUAUGCAACUGGUUCUUUCAUAGCAACUUGUGCAGAUUUUGCUGGAAUUCAUAAAACUACUGGUGGUAAAAUUAUAAUAGAAGUGUCAAAGGCCAUAGCAGCACUUAGACCGGAUUUCAUUCAUUUUCCAACAACCGAUGAUGAAAUACGUACAGUUAAGCAGGAUUUCUUCAAUAUUGCGAAAUUCCCAUCAUGUAUUGGAGCAAUAGAUUGUACUCAUAUCAAAAUUAGAUCCCUAGGCGGUAAUGAUGCAGACAUUUUUCGGAACAGGAAACAAUUUUUCUCUAUGAAUGUACAAACUAUUUGCGAUUCAAAAUUGAUAAUACAAAACAUAGUUGCUAGAUGGCCAGGUAGUAGUCAUGAUGCUAACAUAUUUCGGAACUCUGCUAUUAAACAACACUUUGAUAAUAGAGAGUUCAAAGAUUGUGUUUUAGUGGCUGACAGUGGUUACCCAAUGCAGUCUUAUAUGAUUACACCUAUGUUAAAUCCAAUUACAAACGUUGAAAAUACUUUUAAUGAGUCACAGAUUCGUACUCGAAAUCCAAUAGAAAGAUCAUAUGGUGUCUGGAAGAGACGAUUUCCAAUAUUGAGUUUAGAAAUAAAUGUAAGAAACAUGGAUACAGUACAAGCCAUUAUAGUGGCCACAGCAGUACUGCACAACAUUGCUCGUAAGUUUGGAGAUGAUGAGCCUAGAGUUACUGAAGAACAAGAAAAUGAAAUUGCACUAACGUUAUUUGAACAACCUCAUGUGAAAAGCAGUGGUUAG